AAUACAUUCGCUGCUUCUGCUUGGUAGGCUGCAAAUUCUUCCAGUGUGCUUCUGCAAAUCUGGAAAAAAAAUACGAAUACAAUGGAUAGGAGUCGCAUAAGAAAAGAUGUACAGAGCCUUACAGCUUCAAUGGUUGGUGGCGGAACACUUGGCAGAAGAAGCGAGAAGAAUAACAAUACAGAAAAACACAGAAAUACAAAUAACAGGCUUAAUACCUCCAUGGAUGGAAGCGGUGCCAGGAGCCUUAUGGGAGGGCUUUCGUCUGUGAAAACCAAGUUAACUGAUGGAUUGCGGUUCAGCAAAGCCAGGGUAGAUAACUGCAAAGCUCCGGCUAAUGACAGAGUUUCUUCUGCUUCUAAGAAGAAUAUUCAUGCCCUAGAGAGGGCUUUCAUUAAAGGUUGCUCCUUGGACGCAGGGAACCCGAGCUCGAAUCCCCUGAAGGUUGUUGCGCCUCCUGAUGUAGGGCACAGAAAGAGCCUGGACCAGGCCGUGUUGGAAAUUCUAGGGCAAGAUGGUUAUGUGAAGAAAACAGAGGAGCGCGUUUGGGAAGCUCAGAAGCGGACUGUGGGAGGUCACGGGAUCGAGCUCAGAUCUGUGCAUGUGGAAACUGACAUUGCGGAAUCCGUCGCACAGCAGGUGAAUGCUCGAGUCAGAGCAGCGGACAUGCCGUCUAAAAUGCAGGCUCAUGCAUUUCGUUGCGCUAGGGCCGAAUGUGACAACCACCACACAUUCAGCUCCAAGCAUAUGGCCUUUACCCUCAAGAAGGAAUUCGACAGGGCAUAUGGACCGGCUUGGCAUUGCAUUGUGGGAACCAGUUUUGGGUCUUUUGUUACUUUCUCUGUGGGGGGAUUUCUGUAUUUCUCCAUUGACAAGGUCUCGGUUCUGCUCUUCCAGACCGCCGUUGAACGCCUGGGUUAGGGGCUUAAAAGAAUGGCAAAAUGAUGAAUAAACCUACAAUGAAAAAGUUGAUAUAAAUACAGAUUGCUUCGGUUCGGACAUUAAUGAAGUCGAGCUCCGCAGAAUCGUUUUCUGAUAACAAAUUUCGGGCACCGGGCAGAAUUAUUGAGGCCCAUGUGAUCCGGGCGCCUUGUCAGGGCUCAGAAUAUUAUAGAAAUAUGGAGCCUCAUCUGGGGCCUGAAAUGCUCACGUUCUGCGAGAAUUUGUGACAGAUUGUCGGAUUGUGGUCGGUUUAUGCCUCAUUUUACGACUGUUAAUGACUAAAUCACUGACGCCCUGUGGAAUUUACAGUAAAAUAGGACAUGGUAUUUAGCAAAUACUUUAUCAGAUUUAAAUUUCACGGCCCGCCAUGGCCGUCAUAGCACUAUUUCGCCAACGACCGGCUAUCUGAAUUGUCCUUCACUGUGGUACUUCGACUUCACUACUGUAUAUCAACACUUUAUUGAGUUAAAUAGUUUUCAAUCUACCUAUGUAUGGUAUGAUUUUCUUUA